AUGUGCUGUUGGAUUCGCGUCCAGACUCAGCCGGCACCAUGGUCCUCACCUCCAGAGGUCCCAGAGGCGCCGGAUCCGCUGAGUGGUGAUGCGAUCGCUGAGAUCUUUCGGCGUGGGCGCGAGGUGCAAGAAGAACGGGGUGGCACGACUGGAGCUGAGCUGGUCCAUUCAGAGCUUCCCGCAGAGCAGUGGGGUGUCAGCCAGGAUCAGCUGGCUGACCUAGCCAAGGAGCUUCAUUCUCUUGUGGAGAUGCGCAGUUUGACCAAUCGUUCCAAGAAUGACUGCCGUCAACGAAAGGUGCCUUUCUAUGAGGAAAGCAAGUUCUGGGACGUGACGAUCGGACCCAACAUGUACCAGGUGAAUGAAAGUCAUAUCCAGCCGUUGACCCGAAAGAAGGACCCAUGCCACGGCAUCCCUUGCCUCAGCUAUGCCUUGCACUGCAACUCAGAUGGCCUCAGCUGUGACCUCUUCGUCUCGCAUGCAUGGUCGGAAGGAAUUUUUGAGCUUAGCAACACUGUGGUGCAGAACUGGCCAGAUGGAUGUAUCGGUGCAUACAUUUGCUCCUUGGCAAAUCCGCAGAAUCUACCUGAGCUCAUGAGUCAUAUGAUUGAGACCCCUUCUCAAUCACCAUUCUUCAGAGUAUUGAUCAGUCGCCCAAAAAGGCUUCUCAUGAUCGCCAACUCCAAUGUGCCGAUCCACUCAAGGCUUUGGUGUGUCUAUGAAGCCCACUGUGCCAGGACUCUGGGCAUCACCACCGCGGUUCUUGGAGACCCUGCUCACUUCGCUACAAACCGCUGGGCUUCGGGCGCGGCCACGCGUGCUGUGAAGGCAGCUGUGCGCGCUCGUCGACGGGAGCUGGCCAUCGCGGAUGCCAUGGAGUCGGCAGCUGCAGAUAUGGACAUCAUGGCUGCAGGGAUGUACCUGCGACGUUUCGAGCGCUGGGGGAAGCGGGCAGAACGAAGCACUGCACGGGCCACUGAGCGCAUGAAGCGUGCCCUUGAUGUGCGGAAGGCAACAUGUAGCCGUCCUGAAGAUGGUGAAGCCAUCCGCAUGGAAAUCCGAAACUAUUCAGAUGAGAUCAACUCGAUGAUUUGUGAGCUGAUCAUCAAGGACCAAUUGCAACGAGCUCCCGCAGGGCCAUACAAGCUGACCUGGUAUCCGGGUCAGGAUUUGAUCGAGGGGCUUUGUAUCUUCUUUCAGUGA